UCUUUCUCAGUACACACCGCGCAGCUUUUCCUCUGGCAACUCAGAUCUUUGCUGCUGCUCAGAGGUGGACUUUACAGAGUGUUUUGAAGAAAGAGUAGUUAUUUUCUCUCUCUCUCUCUUUAGUGCGUGCUUGACAGAGAAGGAAGGAGGAGGCAGAGUGAGUGAGUGAGAGAGAGAGAGCCUGUUGUCUUGGUCGCUUCCCCAGAGAGCGCGGCUGAAGGGAAGGGGUGGCUCUUCUGGUGACAGGAAGCAACACUACGGCUUGCGAUGAAGACCUGAGCGCUGAGUGGAGUAUGCUGCAAACCAUUUACGAGGGCGAGUCCAGUUUCUCCACAACAGACAUUGGACAGUACCAGCAGCAGCACAUUGCCAGCAGCAAGAUGCACAACGUGAACAACUCAGUGGACAUAAAGCCGGACGUUCCUCUGUCUGUGGAGCCCCUCUCCCCUCUGGACCUGCGUACGGAGCUGAGGAUGCUGGGACCAGGCUCAGACCCAAGUCUGUGGGAGCGGCAGCUGCAGCAGGAGCUCCUGCUCAUUCAGAAGCAGCAGCAGAUACAGAAGCAGCUCCUCAUCAGCGAGUUCCAGAAGCAGCAUGAGAAACUGAGCAGACAGCACCAGGCCCAGCUCCAGGAGCACCUCAAGCUCCAGCAGGAGCUGCAGGCCAUGAAGCAGCAGCAGGAACUGGCCGAGAAGGAGCGUCGUCUGGAGCAGCAGAGCCAGCAGGAGAAGGAGCAAGAGCGCCACCGCAGGGAGACGCACGUGACUGCACUCAGCCUGAGGGCCAAGGAGCGCUCCAGAGAGAGUCUCACAGGAGCUGUGGCCAGUACAGAGGUCAAACAGAAACUCCAAGAGUUUCUGUUGAACAAAACUGCAAAGGACCCUGUGAGCAACGGAGGCACCCAUUCUUUCAUUCAGCACCCAAAACUCUGGUACAUGUCCUCUCAUCACACAUCCCUGGACCAAAGCUCUCCACCUCCGGGCGGCACCUCCCCCACCUGCCAGUACACGCUGCCAUCGCCCAUCGAGAGCAAGGACGACUUCCCCUUGAGAAAGACAGCCUCUGAGCCAAACCUGAAGGUACGAUCGAGACUGAAGCAGAAAGUAGCAGAGAGGAGGAGCAGUCCAAUGCUGAAACGAAGAGACAGCAACAUUAUGACCCCGUACAAGAAGAGGGCCCUAGAGAUAAUGGAUUCAACGCCUACUAACAGUGCUCCUGGCUCAGGUCCAAGCUCGCCAAUUGGAGCCUCCAGUGCCUUGGGGGCUGAGAACGGACCCUCCUCUCUGCCCACUACCACAAAAACCGAGCGAUGGCCUUCACAACCAAGACUGUUCUGUCCAGAGGGCUCUGUGUCAAUGCUGAGUUUAUACACCUCUCCUUCUUUACCCAACAUCUCCCUGGGCCUUUCCACUGGUGCUGCGAUGGGUUUGAAAGACCGAUCGACAGAGAUCAAGCAUGGCCUCCCGGGACACCUGUUGGGCCCUGUGCCUCUUCACUCGGGUCUGGAGUCCAAAGUGAGCCCCAGUCACCAGGCUCUUCUCCAGCACCUGCUGCAGAAGGAGCAGAUGAGGCAACAGAAAAUGCUCUCCUCAGGCCCUGGCUCUAUGUCCUCCCUGCCACAGUCUCCUCUGGCCAUGAAGGAGCGUCCAUCCAGUACCAGGCCCAAACUUCCCAAACACCGGCCUCUGAACCGCACCCAGUCUGCACCGCUGCCCCAGAACACACUGGCCCAACUGGUCAUCCAGCAACAACACCAGCACUUCCUGGAGAAGCAGAAGCAGUACCAGCAGCAGGUCCACAUAAACAAGCUGUUGUCCAAGUCCAUUGAGCAGUUACGUCAGCCCAGCACACACCUGCAGGAGUCAGAGGAAGAGCAGGAGGAGCUGCACAGAGAGCAUAGUGAGCGCAUGGAGGAGGACAGGCUGCCCCCUGGAGGUGUCAUCCGGAAGCACACCCUCAGCAGCAGCAGCAGUGGCUCUAGUGCAGAGCAUCCAGACCCCCACAUCGGGGUCAUCAAGGUCAAAGAGGAACCACUCGACAGCGAGGAUGAAGCUCUGAGCAAUCCAGGCUUAGAGUCGGAUCAGACCUCCUAUCUGCACCAGGUCAACGGGCGACUGGUGAUAAGAGCCAUGAUCUAAAGGAUGAGGAGGACACACACUUGUACAUUCACAGACAAAUACACACACACAGCACUUCACUAAGGCCAGCUCUUCUCCUCAGACCACUCUGGACUCCACGUCUGUGACCUGUGUGUUGUGAUACAACUCACCUCUGUGUAAAUAUAAUGAAGACAUUCUUUUUUUAUGCUCCCCAGGAGUUCACUCUUUGGAAAGUUGCAUGUGUAUAUAGAGAUACUAUGGAUUUGGACAUUACUAGUAAUUCUGGGACAGAUGUCAAUCUUACCAAUUCUGUACAUUUUGCCAUAAAUAACUGAAAUGAAUGCUGUUCAGCUCAAGGUGUAAAUGAUACAUAAGAGAACACUACAUUUGUGUGAUGUUCAGAAUGAAGUGGUGUCCACACUGAUUUAAUGAACAUCAGUCGAAGAGAGAAUGUACUUAAACCUUAGCAGGACUUACCCUCAGGACUAUCUGAGAGGCAGAGUGUUGCCAUUGGAAACGUUUUCGCUGCUGAGAUUGCAUAUUGGAGGAUAAAGCACUAAAUCCCGGACUUUGGGUGUGCAGGCAUCUCCACAACACGUACCAAAUCUCUGUGUCACUGCUUGUCCCGCACAGGGCCUUAGCUCUGGGCCUGGCUCUCCUCGCUGUCCCCCCUGGGUCCAAAUCAAAAGCUCGGUCGGGUUCCUGCCCAACUUUUCAGCAGAGGAGUCUGGAGAGAGAGAAGGAGGGCCGGGCAGGAAAUGCCUUCUAGAAGCCAGGAGCUGCAGUGAUUCAUGUGUGCAGGAAUGUUGAGAAAGGAGGACCUCGGGUUGGAGGAGUCCAAGGGGCCAGGCUCGAGAAUUGAUUUACUGUCAAGGCGAAUUACAAAGUGAGUGGGGAUAUGGUUAAGGGAGUCCUUUUUAAAGGGAAUCGCUUCCUGAGUAUUCCCAAGUGGCAUGCUUACCUCAACACACAGGUUUGAUGUUACUUCAAUAAAAACCCCGGAUGGCUCCACUCUAAUUUUCUUAUUUUUGUUUGUUGAGCCUGAUUCCUCUCAAAGUGCCCAUUUGAAACAUGUAAAAUCUGUCUUAAAGUGAUCAGUCAAUUGUAUUGCAUAGUUGAAUCUUCAUGUUUCAUUUGUACUUCGUCAGUUCAAUGUUAAAGAGAAAUGUUAGUGCGAGGUCCUGUGUUUGAAUGUGGAAAGUCCAAACUGUUCAUCUUUAUGCUGUACCCUCCAAUUGUCCGCUCUUCAUUGUGAUGUAGUGUAAGUAAACACAAUCAGAACAAUACAAGGCUUGUUUUUGGCUCUUUUUGACUUGGUUGUAACAGGAACCCCUCUGGUGCCAGUGGAGGGGUGCAGCUGGAGGCGGGACGGGGGUUUGUGGUCUGUUCAUAGAUGUUUGCAUUUCUUCUUUUUCAUUUGCCUUUGUGUGAUAAACCUUCCUUUUUUAAAUAAAGUUUGUUUUCCUCCUUUGUCUGA